GAACAGUUGUCGAUUAACCGCAGAACGAUUACCUAUUAAAAGAUUGAAAGUUCGAGAGAAUUUGUAUUAAACCGUUGUUGAUUUUAACAAUUUAUUUUUACUUAAAUUUAUUUAAUUAAUGAACAAAUAAUGUAUUAUCUAUAGUGAUAGAUACAGAUAGUAUUAUAAAAUAAUUGAUAAAAUGACGAACUCGUUGUUUAAAAUAACGAGAUUUAAAGGAUUACGAGAUUUCAAUAGGCAUCUAAUCAUUCGCGUGUGUGUAAGAAACACUCAUUGGAGCAAGUACAGCUAUUUGUGUGGAGCUUCGAGUGAUCCCUUGAAAGCGUACACGAUCGCAGGAAUAUUCGAUGACGCCGUACAGAAAACUCCGGACCGCGAAUGCUUGGUCAGCUGCCACGAAAACAAGAGAUUCACGUUCACAACCAUGCACUCUGAGGUGGAUAAGCUGUGCAAAAGUUUUAACGCUAUUGGCCUUACGCACGGCGAUCGAGUAGGGGUGUGGUUACCCAACUACGCGAUUUACUACACGAUGAUACUCGCGGUGGCUCGCCUGGGGCUAGUUUUGGUAAAUAUUAAUCCCGCAUAUCAAAGUGACGAACUAAAAUACUCAGCGAACCUAGUCGGUAUAAAAUGUCUGGUGGCCUUGGAAAAGUUUAAAUCUCAAAAUUAUCCAAAAAUUUUGGAAAAUGUUGAUCCGGAAAUCUUUAAGCAGCCUACUAACUCCCCGAUCAAGUCUAAAAUGUUGCCAACGCUAGAAACGGUCGUUUUCAUUACCGAGAAUCAUAUUAAUGGUGCUUAUAAUUUAGAAUCAUUCUUGGACUUAGGUUCGAAUACAAGUUAUAGUACUCCAAAUAUUCAGCCUGAUGAAGGAUGUAGUAUUCAGUUUACUUCAGGGACUACUGGUAGACCUAAAGCAGCAGUAUUGAGCCACUUUGGUGUAAUCAACAACUCCUACUACAUUAUGAAACGUUUUGGAAUUCGUGAUGAUACCAAUGAGGAAAAUGUACAUAAAUUUUGCUGUACGAUGCCAUUAUUUCACACUUUUGGUCUGUCCGCCGGUAUAAUUGCCCCAAUAAUCACCAAAUCAACAGUAUAUUUACCGACAGCGCAUUUUGAACCAAAAACUACGGUUGAUGUUCUGACCAAAGAAAAAUGUACAAUUUUCUUUGGUACACCUACUUUAUACGUGGACAUCAUGUCGGUUUUCGAAAAACUUUUGCCAGAACAACAACAACAACAAAAUAUUAAGGUGGCAAUAACUGGUGGGGCUCCAAGUUCUCCUGCUUUGAUGACUAAGUUCAAGAAAAUGUUUCCAGACGCUAAACUAUUAUCAGUAUUUGGGAUGACGGAGAGUAGCCCGUGUACAUUCCAAAAUUUCUACGACGACACAGAUCAAAAAAUACUAUCGACAGUGGGUCAUGUACAAGAGCACGUGGAGGCAAAAGUAGUCGAUUCAAACGGUCAAAUGGUACCUUUUGGAACACCCGGAGAAUUAUUAGUUCGAGGAUACGUAGUUAUGAACGGUUAUUAUAACAACGAAGAAAAGACAAAGGAAAUAAUUGAUUCAAACGGAUGGCUUCAUACAGGAGACCAAUUUGUCAUGUAUGAAGAUGGAUAUGGAAACUACGUCGGUAGAUUAAAGGAAAUGAUUAUCCGAGGUGGUGAAAAUAUAUUUCCGAAAGAAAUUGAAUACUUUUUUGAGUCACAUCCGUUGAUUUUGCAUGUUCAGGUGUAUGGUGUACCAGAUCAAAGAAUGGGUGAAGAAAUAUGUGCCAGUGUUAUCGUAAAAGAAGGUUCGGCAGUCACAGAAUCAGAACUCAAGGCAUACUGUAAAGGAAAGAUCGCUCAUUUUAAGAUCCCUAAGUACAUAUUUAUUGAAAAAGAUGAAUUUCCCAAAACAGGAUCAGGCAAAGUGCAGAAAUACAAAUUAACAGAAAGGGCACUGAAACGAAUUACAAGUCACAAUUAAUGUUUUAUGAACACCAUCUCAAUGAUACGUGAUUACUGAUAAGCAAUUUAAUUUUAAUAAUUAAUUAGGUAUGUAAAUACUGAUUUGAAACUUGUUCAACUACCGCUGUUUAAUAAAUUAUCAAUAUUAAGUUAAA